ACCCUCCUCGCCAGGCGGAUCCAUGGCGAGCGCGGCGGGGAGGCUCCCGCGGACGGCGGCCAAGAGGCUCUCGGUGGAGGGGAACAUCGCGGCGGGCAAGUCGACCUUCGUGGGGCUGCUGCGCAGAGCCUUCCCCGCGUGGCGCCUGACGGCCGAGCCGGUAGCCAAGUGGCAGGACGUCCGAGCCACCCGCCAGGGCUCCGCUUCCCCCUCCUUCGGGAACCUGCUGCAGAUGAUCUACCGGGAGCCUUCGCGCUGGUCCUACACCUUCCAGAGCUACUCGUGCCUGAGCCGGCUGAAGGCACAGCUGGACUCCCUGGCUCCCGCCCAGAGCCCGCAGAGCCCGGAAGCGGCGCUGGUCUUCGAGAGGUCGGUCUACAGCGACAGGUAUAUCUUUGCAAAAAAUCUCUUUGAGAUUGGCCACAUGACUGAGAUUGAGUGGAUCAUUUACCAGGAUUGGCACACUUUCCUCCUGCAAACCUUUGGGGACCAACUUGCCCUCCAUGGCUUUCUUUAUCUCCAGGCCCCUCCAGAGGUGUGCUUUGAGAGACUGCGCUGCCGAUCCAGGCCUGAAGAGAAGGAGGUCCAGCUAUCUUACCUGGAGCAGCUUCACGUCCAGCAUGAAAACUGGCUUGUAAAAAAGACUUCUGUGAGCCAUUCUGGAGCUCUAAGAGAUGUGCCUGUCUUGAUUCUGGAUGUCACAAAGGAUUUUGAGAAUGAUCCAAAUGAACAAAGCAAGCUUAUAGGCCAGGUGAAAUUUUUUAUGAAAACUCUCUGUUCCAAUUCUUCACCUUCUAUCUCUACCACAGUCUGCAACUGAAGGGAGUUGGAUUCUGCAACUGAGAGCUGCUUGCUUAAUACUAAGGAAGCCAUGUGAGUGGUCUGCCUCUUUCCAUCCAGGCAGAUACCAAACUCCAGGCAGGUCAGAGAGCCUAGCAAAGGCUGCUGGCCCCAGUAGGAAGAAGAAGCCUUUUGGAGCUAUCCUAUGGCCAAAGGCGGGGGACCGUCCUGGGCCCAGCAGAGGGCCUUAGAUGCAUUCCUCAGGCUGCCUGGGACUGCAAGAAAGGUGGGCAACGUCUUUGAUGGACCUGCUAUCUGUCCUGCUGAACUCUGCCCACAGGAGUCAAACUGCAGCUGUGGACCAGCUUUGCCUGAUUAGCUCCCUCCCUUCUGCUGCUGAAUUUCUGGCACCCAUCUGACAUGGAGUUACAUCAUUACCUCUUGUGCCCUUUAGCUCACUAUCAUCUCAUGAGUCCUGCUCCCAAACGUCUUUUCAAACAUCUCUUUUCCCAAGUCUUGAAUGCUUCUUGAGUGCAAGUGUGGCUCCUCACUUCCCUCUCUUGUGGCUUCAGCCAAAUUGGCAUGUCUAUUGCAUUCUCAUAGUAAAGGGAGAAAUCAUUUACAAAUAGGUUUUCUGGGUCAGGGUUUGUAAACUUACAUCUGAUUGAAUGCUUUGUUGGAAGUGAUGCUGCCGCAUGUUCCUGUAAGACUACUGAGUCACUCAUAGGCUUGCAGGGCAGCGUCUUCCCUCCCCUGCCUCAUCAUACUGAUGACUUGUUGGUUUUCUUUUUGUAGGCCACACUGACUUCCUGUUUGGUCUUUAUCAGGAGUGGUAACUGGGCAUUUAUUUUCCCUGUGGAUCAUGACAAAACACUACACGUCCUGAAGUUCUUUUUGACUCAAUCUUGGGCUUUUGCUACACCUGGCAGUUGUUUUCUGAUCCAAAUAUUUGCACUGUCCCAGACCUACCUAGUACACAAUCUGUGGGGUUUUGUGGACAAUUCUGAAGAACAAUUGGCCCCACCCUGUUGCUUUCUUCAAAGGCCCUAAAGAUGUGGUCUUGUCAGUGAGUCCAGGGACCACAAAUUAAUUGCUUUUUUAGCCAAACGCUGCCUUUGUUAGGCACUGCUCUUGAUUAGGAAAGCAGGGCUGUUUUUCUGAAUUUCAUGUCCUGGGUAAUAAAAUGAACUGACUGAAAGUGUCCAGUUCACUGAUGCCUAAGAUCAUGAUGUGUACAGGUAGUCCUCGACUUAAGACCAUUCAUUUGAAAUUACUGUGGUGGGGAAGAAAGGGGCUUACAACCCGUGCUCAAAGCUGCAGCCAUUGUAGCACCCCUGCGGCCACAUGAUGGUGAUCAGGGGUCUUGGCAACCCACAACCCAGGGGGUUGGACUAGAUAACCUCUAAGCUCCCUUCCAACUCUGGUACUGUUACUAUCUUACCUGAAAGCUCAGAAAGUCGAUAGGGAAGGGACCUUUCUCUAUGCUGCCUGCUGCCUCCCCUCCCUACCCUGGGCUAGAGGGAAGGCUUUCUGCCUGGAGGAACAAAGCAUCUCUGCAUAGCUGCUGCCUCCCCCACCCCCUUGGGCUAGAGAAAAAGAAUGGCUAACUUUCUAGUGCACCGCAGGAAGGAAGCCAGUAAACUGGACCAGUGCAAGGAAGCUUGGAUCAUUGGAAUGACCCUUUCCCUGGCCCAGCAGGAUGGCUCUGCAUGGAGGGAAGCUGCCUGCCCCUUUCAGCAGCAGCUCCUUCCUUCAGUUUAACCACCAUGCAGUCACUUAGCUACUGCACCUGCGAGGGCAGGGCCUAUUACAGCUUAGGACUGUUAUUUGGCAUGUUCCAUUAUGGUCAUAACCUGAGAACUAUCUAAAUCCAUUCUUCACAACGCUGAGUUUUCCCAUACAAGCAUACAAGUCCUUGACUUACAACCAUUUAAUGACUUCAAAGUUAUGACUAUAUUAAAAAAGUGAUUUACUACUGGUCUUUGCACAUGGUCACAUGAUCAAAUUUGGCUAGCUGGCAAAUGACAUGCAUUUAUGAGGGUCCCUAGGGCCUCCCAAGAAGCAAAGUCAGUUGGGAAAGCCAGGUUCGCUUAACAAUCAUAAUUCAUUUAAUGACCACAAUAAAAAAGCUUGUAAAAUUAGAUACGACUUACUUAACCGCAUCAUUGGCAACAGAAAUGCCAGUACGAUUGUCAUUGUAAAUCAAGAACUGCUGUUUCUUGCCUGCCAUAUUCCCACUGUAAUUCUGUCUGCAGCUUUUGGGGAGGGGUUUUUCCUGCAGAGCAACAUGACGGGCAGACCUCUAAAAAGCUUUAAUCUAGCCCCAUCAUAAAUGCCAAAAGAUCCUCUGCUCUUCUUCAAUGAUGUGUUGAAUGCCAUCUGACCAGAGGGAUCCAUUCAUUGCUUUAUUUGUCCAUUUGGUUAAUGCAGGGGCUCAACCCCCGGGGCCAUGGCUCAUUCGGAACCAGGCUGUGCAAGCGGCAGGUGAGUGUGCACACAUAGCUCCAUUAUUUGCUUGAGUGGCAGGCAUUCAUGUGCCCACCGUUUGCGCAAAUGGGCCCCUGUUGCUCACACACAGCCAUUUCCCCCCACACACCAGUCCGCAAAGCUGGAAAGGUAUUAUACUCAUUACAAAAUAGAUAGAAACCCAUCUAUCAUAUGGCAUACUGUCACCUAUCAUACUGUCAAUCACUUCUCAAUUCCCAUGGUUUUGUUAGUAAAAAAGAAAGGUUUGAAAAGCCAUCUAGUGAGUUUAUCUUUAUUCCUGAAUAAAAGAUAUUAAAUAUAAGAAUUUAAAGAAUGAGAAAAAGCUAAAUAAGACACUUCUAAGAAAGUUUCAAAUAAGGAAUAAGAAAAAUUCAAAAUAUUGAGACUUUACUAUAAGAUUUUGGAAAUAAUUACAUAAAAACAGCUUUUCAUGGGAACUACAUUUUUUGUUCUAUUGUAAAUCAAAACAGGAAUUCAACUUUAUGAUUUAAGAAAAUUGAAC